AUGGAAUCCAUCGCAGCGUUGGGCCUGGCCUGCAACAUUUUUCAAGUCAUCAGCGUUGGCCACGAGACGAUCCGCCUGGUCAAGGAUAUCUACAAUAAAGGCUCCAUCGAAUCGCCACUAGCCGAGUAUUCAGUCUCUCUCAGGGAUAUCUCUUCCCACAUCAGCACAUUUGAGCUACCUCAAAAAGCACCGCAGUAUCAAAAACAGCUCAAGGAGAAUGCAGCAAAAUGUUACGCAGUUGCUCGGGACCUCGCUGAAGAGAUCAGCUUCCUUCUUGCCGAGAAGGCAAAAGGUGAUUUACUCAAGACUUUGAAGACGGUGGCAAAAACGACCUGGAGAAAGAGGCGCCUAGAGAGAUUCGAACGACAGUUGAAAGAUCUCGAAAAGCAGAUGCAGAGUGGUCUGCUUACCCGCCUGGUAGACAAUUCAAACGCGAUCCAACUCAGACAGGAGGCCCUGGAUGGACGCAUUCGCCAUCUACUGCAACAAUACCAAGACGGCAAGACGCAGGCAUCUGAACUUAUCCUCAAAGAUGGAGCCACCACGAGAGCGCACGUCUUGCGAGAGAGCUCAAAGCUGCAACGUCAGGUUGACAGUGCGACUCAGGCGUCAGCCGCACAAGUCAUGUCCCUGAUGUCGAACUUGGACCUCAAACGGGUGGAUUCUGCGCGAUUAGACCAGUUUGUUGAGAGCCUCGCCUUUCACGGCAUGAACGAACGCCGAAACCAAGCUACCGAUUCCCACGAGGGCACCUCCAAAUGGAUUUUCUUUCAAUGCGGCGAAACAUUCUCGGAAGAGGACGACUCAGACAUCAACGUUGAUGACGAGGAUCUGUCCCAUGACUCACAACGCUGGGAUAAUUUUGGUGACUGGCUCCGUUCCGGCGAGCAGCCUCCAAACAUCCCACCAGUCCCUCUCCGCCUCAACAACCCUCUCCAGCGCCCCAUCAUCAAACGCAAUCCCCCUCCAAAGCAACACCCCCAAGACCUGCGCCCACUUCGCCCUCCUAACAACCUCCUCAUCGUCAACAGCCUUACCGACCUCCUCCCAGAACGCGGCCCUGAGCUCCCCGGCCUCGGGGUAAUACUCAAACCUCCCCGUCCCGUCGACGUCUUCCCCGAGAACCUCUUCGAGACCGUACAUGCCGACUCCGAAGGCCGUGCCGUCAUCUGUCGGUGGUCGGACCAUGAUGUUAUCAGGCACGAGGUCCCCGUGAGUAAUGACCCAAGGCAGCCCUUCAAUAUCCCUCAUCUCUCUCAUAACCCUCCUCGCCACGCCCCGGAACUCCCUCUGGAGUCCUUUACACAUGAUCCCCAGCCUCCAACUCAGACUCCCACCGACCUUUCCCCGGACGACGUCCUCGACAUCCCGCCUCCCCCUCCACGAAUCCGCAAACAUUCGCGCGAGAUCCCUCACAACCCUCCUCCUCGCCUCCCCAGAACCCCUCCCGAAAGAACUCAACGACACACCACCAACCCUCUCCACCAAAUACCCAACCAGCACCCCCUCCGCCCCGCCACCAACCGUCUCCAGCCCCUCGAGCACCCCCAGUUCCCGAAUCCCAGGAACGACGCCCUCCCCGAGUAUCCCUCUCGCCUCCUCACACACCCUGACAUCGAUCCCGUGCCGUCUCGGCCGGAACUGGACCAACCCGCCACCACCCCCGUCACCUCCACAGACCUCGCACCCGGAAUCCCGCCGGUCCAAAGGCCCGAGGAGCAGAGUAUACGAACAGAACCCCUGGAACGGCGCCGCGACGACGUCCCGCCCCGGCACCCUCUCCCUCGCGAACUCAUGCAUGCGCGGGACGACGGAGGGGCGCAGGCCGCAUCGCGAGAGGAACGCGGAUAUCUUCUCCGACUCCCCGGGCUUCAGACCCGUCGUGGCGCUGCCGUCGUUGUCGGCGGCGCCGUGGUGGUCGCAGGAAGCAGCCAUGAUGCUCGUCGCUUCCAACGGGAUAUCGUCAGUCAGCGGAGCGUUCUCGUUCAACGGUAA